GAAAGCUUCCGGCUUCUUCUUCUGGAGAGAGAACCGCAGUUGAAGGCAAACAAGAAGUCAGCGCUACAAUGAGCAGAUAUUUUCAUUAGACUGGGGGUAAAGUUCACUUCGCUCACAGUUUUACCCUUUGCCUAACCGCUCUGUGUCUUACUUGACGUGUGGGAUUAACGGAGCAGCUCGGCUGUCUGUCAGAGAGGAUUAUUUAACUCGAAGCUGACCGCAGCCAUGAUGGCGUCGAGCUACAACGCUAAGGAAGAGGACGGACACCACUCCGGCGCUUCGAGUGGCACUGGCCUUUCGAAAAAUAAGAAACCGGACAACACGGCGUUCAAACAGCAGAGACUUCCAGCCUGGCAGCCCAUCCUCACAGCAGGCAGUGUGCUGCCGGCUUUUUUCGUCAUUGGGCUCAUCUUUAUCCCCAUCGGCAUCGGCCUGUACGUCACAUCGAACAACAUCAAAGAGUUUGAGAUCGACUACACUGGUGUGAGCAGUGACAGCCCGUGCUACAACUGUGCAAAGAACUUCACCUGGAACACCACAGAGCCCUGUGUCUGCACCGUCAACUUCACUUUGCUCCAGCCGUUUGAGAGCAAUGUCUUCAUGUACUACGGCUUGUCCAACUUCUACCAGAACCACAGACGCUAUGUGAAGUCCAGAGAUGACAGACAGCUGAACGGUGACCUGUCUGCCCUGACGGAUCCCAGCAAGGAGUGUGAGCCGUACCGUAAGAGCGGAGAUGUGUCCAUUGCUCCGUGUGGGGCCAUAGCUAACAGCCUUUUCAACGACACUCUGGUGCUGUACUACGUCGAUUCCAACAACAGCAAAAUUGAAGUUCCUCUGGUAAAAAAAGGCAUUGCGUGGUGGACGGACAAGCAUGUGAAAUUCAGGAAUCCUGCUGGAAACAGCAACCUGACUUUAGCUUUCCGAGACACAGCGAAGCCGGUGAACUGGGCGAAGCCGGUGUACGAGCUGGACCCGUCAGAUCCCGAUAACAACGGCUUUAUCAAUGAGGACUUCAUCGUGUGGAUGCGCACGGCUGCAUUGCCCACCUUUCGGAAGCUCUAUCGCAUCAUCCAGAAGAAGUCUGGCACCACCCCAACUCUCCCCAACGGGAAUUAUAUGCUGAACAUCACCUACAAUUACCCCGUACUCAGUUUUGAUGGUCGCAAGCGGAUGAUCCUGAGCACCAUCUCCUGGAUGGGAGGAAAGAACCCCUUCCUGGGCAUCGCCUACAUCACCGUGGGCUCCAUCUGCUUCUUCCUGGGUGUGGUUCUGCUCAUCAUCCACCACAAAUACGACAACCGCAACACCAGUGCAGAUAUCCCAAGCUAAACGGCGCGUUCCACGCUCGGGCCUCUGCAUGCACGAGUGCGUACGCUGUACCAGGCUGUCGUGCGGUAGCGUCUCCAGUUUCUCAUCAAAGCUGUGUUUAAGCGUAGCAAGGCGUCUCCGUCUGUCUCUGUGUAUAUAGCUUCAGGCCGAUUUGCUGAGAAUGUCUUUUUUUGUCUUCAGGUUUGCAGUCUUUUAUUUAUCUGAACAUUAUCAAAGUACCUGUUUCAUUUUAGCAGUGCUUUGCGAAUGGCUUAAUUAUUGAAGGAUGUAUGUAAUUUUAAUGCAAGUUUUUGUCCAUAUUAUGUAAAGUUAUAUGUCCUGCUGAUGAAUGUACCGUAACACUUCGUUGACAUACCUCUGUGGGUUCUGGGAUUACCUUGAAUACUGAAGGUGAUUAUGAUUGCUUGGAUAAAUACUGAUAUUCAAGAGUCAUAAAGCAUUAAUAAGAAGUAAUAACAGAAAUAUGCUUUUCUGCCCUCCACUGUGACCGAGGAGCCAGUCUUUUAUUUAUCACUCAUAAAACUUACUUUAUACAGUAUUCCUAAUUCAAAGGUGGUGUCUCUGGGUGGGUGGAGCACAGGAAUUCUUAAUUUAUUGUUUGUUAGUGGUUCGACCAGAGUGUGAAAUCGUCUGAUUGGUUAAUGUUGACCAAACGAUAUGCACUUUAAAAGUGUCCCGUUUGUUCGUUUCCCCCUUGUUUCGCCCUUCUGGACUGUUCUUGGUUUUUUAUGCUGUUAAAACUUUCAAUUUGAGCUCCUUGGCUUUUUAUAAGGUUUGUAGGGUCCAAUUAAAGAACUUGGUCAAUG